UGUACAUCAACGAUAGGUGUCGUGCAUUGUUUACAUCGAGGCGGCCAUAUUCAAGAAAACGAAAACAUCCGGCAAAAUUCUUCUGACACAUAAAGAACAAAAUGACAAAAUCAAUGACAACACAUUAUUUUGUCAAGUGAAAACUUAAAGUUGUUGUUGAAUAACCUACCACAGACAUGGCAUCAAAAUCUCGAAGAUUAAAUGAAGAAGAUCGUUGCAUUGUGACUCAGGCAAACACACUUUUAGAGCAGCUAAGCAUAUUUACUCCUAUCAGUUGUGUGGAAGAUCUCGGUGUCACGACAUAUGUGUCCUUGUUUGAAGGACUUCGUGGGGAGCACCUUGCAGGCAUUGUGCGGAACCCAAUAACCAAGGAGGAUGAAAUACAGAAUUGUCAGAUUGUAAUAAACACUCUGGCCAAUGACGUCCUCCACACGUCACUGUCACAUAUCUCUGGCCGACAGGUGGUAGAGCAUGACCGAGAGUCCAUCUUCCAUCUCCUGGAGAUCUUCAGUGGCCUCUUAGAGUAUAUACUCAACAAAAUUGAAAGUGAUGCAUCCACAGACAACGAUGGUGAAGAAGAUGUGGAUGAUCCAGAUGCUGUAGAGCCAGAUGUGAUAGAUGAAAUACUUGAGCGUGAACUACAGAGGGGUCCACACGAUCCUCUGUCUCCUGAGGGAAGGAGAAAGACAGAUCUAUCCUCUGUGUAUUGGGAUGACAGCCCAGAGAUAGCAAGGCACCCUAGAAAUUCACUUCAGGAUAGAAGCCAUAGGCUGGGUCAGGAUAGCUCUGCUGGUAUACAAGAUUCCACAGUCAGCUCUGGAAAAUUUGACAGUACUGAGGAUUUGAUACGACGAGGCGAGGCAUUGAUUAGACGUUCACAUCCAGCGGAGGAAUCGCAUUCAAUUGAGGAGAGUUUCCUGAAGAACAGACCUACAUUGCAGGCCCUUCUGAACAGUAAACCAGAGAGGCUACAGUCCCGUGAACCAACUGUCCCUGAUACCACUCCAGAGGAUGUGAUGAAGUCGGACCCUAACUACGCCGCUCAGUCCACAGACACACUACUGGAUCAUUAUAGUGAUCUGUACAAUACCAAGUACAAUGUUAACAAGGACCAACAUGGUCACAGACAAGCUAACGUUGAUCCCUACAACAAUCUACGCUACAUGGUAGAGGAGACAGCAGCCAUGGCACGGGAUGCUGUAGGGGUCUCGCCCAACCGUGCUCGCACCAUGCUACAGAGUAUGGAUAACAGCUACAACAAACAGACUAGUCCAGUACGACAUAGAGACAGAAGUCCAAAUAGGAAAAAAAAGAGUCCUGUAAGACAGACUGGCAGUAUUGAAGAUCUCCACUCUGAUACAGAGUUAACACCAAGCAAAGCCAAACGGAAAGUUUCAUUUUUGACAGACCGAUCUACAACAGAUUCCAGUCCUAGCUUCCUUAAAUCUAGUCCACAUAAAUCACCACCUCGUAAAGCAUGGCAGGAGAGAGAUGUGCGGUUCGAGCCAUCACCCACAAAACAGAUGGGAAGAGGGAGGGGUGUGACUCGUCCCUGUCGGGUCACGGAGGACUACGGUAGCUACCUUGCCGAUAUUGAUGCUCAGGAGGAAAAGGAGAACACAUCAGCUUAUGAUAACUACCUCAAGAAACAGUUUCACGAGAUCGUUGAUGAGGUGUUGAGUGAUGAAGAAAUUCUUCCCCAGAGGUAUAAGUCCCGGUCAGACCAACGGAGAGUCAGAACUGACCGUGUCCCAGACAAGUCCAAAGGCACUUACAGUGUAACAGAUACACACAAGCUCAUGGAGAAAGAAAGACAGGCUGGCAAGAAAAAAGUAGAUUUUCUACACAAGAUUUAUCAGGAGGACUUUGAUGAACUGAAAUAUGAGGCCAAGCAUGAACUGAGGAAGGAGAGGAAGGUUGCCAAAGAUACAGAAACAGAUUACAAGAAGAAAGUUUUAUCUGGUCCGAAAAAAACUGUUAAACCUAAAGACUCGGUGGCUGCCAGAAAGAAACCCACAGUUAGUACUAAAGCCAAGAAACGGUCACCAAGUGGGCUAAUACCUGCUGGAAAACCAAAGUUAACAAUCAAGGAUGACGAUGACAUUUUACCACUACUUCUGAAAGAAUUUCCACAUCUUCACUUGUCUCUACACACCUGGCAUGAACUGUGGCGCAAAGGUAUCAACCAAAUCGAGCAGGUUACUCGUGCCAAUCAGGAAGUCAGACGCAAAAAGUCACGGGCCAAAUCAGAGCUUGAGGAGGCUGAAAAGAGACAGCAGAUUAUGGUGAACAUUAUGAAAAAGGAGCUAGAACACCAACAAAGAAUGAAAGAGAUCAAAGAAAGGCAGACCCAGGGAGUGGCAGCUAAAAAUAGGAUACAUGAGAAACGAACACAGUCCGCAAAAACAAGACAGUAUUAUGACGAGUACCAAGUACGCAUGCGCUCCAAGAUGUUGAAAAGACGUACAAAAGAGGAGAUGGUAUUUAAGAAACUAUUCAAAGAUGGUCUGGAUAUACAGAAGGACAGAGUGAAGGAUCUGAGGAAGUAUGCCAAAGAACAGAGGGACAGCCAGGCCAAAAUACAGAGGAACGAAGUGGAGUCAAUGGAAAACUACUACCGUGACCAGUUUGACAUGCUUGCAGAAUCUGUUACCAAGCAACGUAAAGAAACACAGACCAGGGAAAAGGCUCAACAGAAGGUGCUAGAACAGAUGAAGAAGGAACUACGCCGGAAGAUGGAAAAGGAGAUCAAGGAUUUACAAGAUCAGCUGUGUCGAGAUGAUGAUGAUGCCUACUUCAGACAACUGGAUGCUGAUAGGGUUAUCAAAGACUUACGUAUCGCCAAGUACCAUGUUGGUGUAUAGCAGAAAUAAACUCUGGUGUUGUUUAUAGCAUAUGAAAGUGUUAACUGGUAACUUCAACAAGAAACUGCUGGUUUGCAGUGUCCUGUGAAAAACUGUGAUAUUAUAAUAAUUAAAUAAAACACACUUCUUAUAUAAAGCCGUCUUGGAUUAAAAUGUACUUAUGUAGACUUUAUUUAGACAAAUUCAAUAGGUUUUUCUUUUAUAUAAAGGAGAUAGUUAGACUGAUCAUGUUUUCCUAGUUGAUUUUUCAGUUCAAUGUAUAAUUUUUAGGUUUCAUUUAUGUGUGAACAUGUGUUUUCUGUCUCCUGGUGAUGUGUUCCAAAUGUGUUGUGUCUGACAGCUUGGGAGAAUGUAAAUGGAUGAUUGCCUGAGAAGUUGUCAGCUGAACUACUGAAACUUAGCUGUAAGAUAUUGUACGAGGAUGUGAGAAAAUAAAUUUAGAUUACUGUAAGGUUAUGUAGUGUGUAAAUUUCAUAUAGUAUUUAUUUCAUCAAAUUUCCCUGAAAUUAUGUAACUUUGAAAACUUCAAUAAGUGGUGAAAACUCUUCAUCAAAUGUGUAAUUAUUCACAAUUUCAAAAUAUUUCAAUUCAAAAAUUGAAAUUUGAGGUGAAUUAAUGUAAAAUAUACCUGUACAUUGGAAAGGGGUCAAUCUAGUAUAACUGGCAUUUUAAAUAUUCCUAAACGUUUUCUGAAAAGGGGUUAAUGCAUUCAUUGAAAUACAUUUUUACAUAUUGUUUUAAUUUGUCACUCUGAAAAUAAUGACAUAUUGUAUAUUCAAUAUUUUUUAUUUUUCUACAGUAGUUUCUUUUCUGGCAAGUCCAACCUGGUAGUAAUUUCAUAUCAUAAAAUUUUGAAAAUUAUUUCCAAUUAUCUUGCAUUCUACAUAUAUGGCUAUAUUAUUUUCAUUAAGAUAUGGAGCUAUCUCCACAAUCCGUCCUUAUGUAUAUUUUUGUAUGGUAAAACACUGAUGAAACUCUGGUGUAUACUUGUGUUCCUGUUUUAUGUCUACAGUAUAAGGAGAUCAUGAUUGAAGGAUGUAGUCAAACUCAAACGACUGAAGGGUUCAGAUGAAGUUUGGCACAACCUGUUUCAUUAUACAUGUAUCUGUUUAUAGGUAUUUGUAGAAAAUUAAUUUCAUGUGCUCAGUUUAUUGCAACAUUGCAUUACAAACCAUAACUGAUCUAGAGUACAAAAAAUUAAAGAGGUCAGUCAUCUAGUAAAACAUAUAUCUAAAUUUAGUACUGUAUAAGUACUACACACAGAUCUGAGUAACUUAAUUGGAUUUGUCAAUAAAAUAAUGAAAUAUUAGUAA